AUGCUACCCUUGAACCCCUCAUACUAUCAACAACCACUCAUGACUCCCUCUUCGCCCGCGCACCACAGUCACCCGUACAUCUAUCACAAGCCAAGCAGUCUUGCGACCCGGACCUUGGUGACUGGCCAGAAGCCUGUCCAUGAGAAGCCAGUCAACCACUACGAGCACGCUGUUCAAGCCGCCGGUCAGAGCCAGCCGAAGAACGAGACAACUGGAGCUACUCCGACAGGCAACGCUGAUAGCCCCGGUCUUGGCCGUCAACAAAGCUGGAACAUGCAGGACCGCAAACGGGACCACCACACGUCAAUGCUCGCCGAUAAACCCAACGAGCACGGUUACUCGAGCACCAGCAAGUAG